CGGGAGCUUCCUGUCCCUAUCCUGGCGGUUGUCACUGCACACUCCGAGGUCUUCGAAAAACAAACCGGAAAUUGAGAGUCCCAAGACACCGAUAUAUUUUCUACAGGCUACUGCCGGGACAAAGUAACUAUCCACAGGCUUCCGUUUCCGUUUGCCUUGUUGCCGUGGUAACGAGCACGCUCAGCCUUGCUGGCGGUUAUGGCGGGACUGAACGGCUCGCAGAUCCCCGAUGGGGAGUUCACCGCCGUCGUGUACCGGCUCAUCCGGGACGCCCGCUACACCGAGGCGGUGCAGCUGCUGGGCGGGGAGCUGCAGCGGAGCCCGAAGAGCCGCGCCGGCCUGUCGCUGCUGGGCUACUGCUACUACCGCCUGCAGGAGUUCGCGCUGGCGGCCGAGUGCUAUGAGCAGCUGAGCCAGCUGCACCCGGAACUGGAGCAGUACCGCCUGUACCAGGCCCAGGCCCUGUACAAGGCCUGCCUUUAUCCAGAGGCCACCCGGGUCGCCUUCCUCCUCCUGGACAGCCCCGCCUACCACAGCCGAGUCCUGCGCCUGCAAGCUGCUAUCAAGUACAGCGAGGGCGAUCUGUCAGGGGCCAGGAGCCUGGUGGAGCAGCUGCUGAGUGGGGAAGGGGCGGAAGAAAGUGAGGGCGACAAUGAGGCCGAUAGCCAGGUUAACCUGGGUUGUCUGCUGUACAAGGAGGGUCAGUAUGAAGCAGCGUGUGCCAAGUUCUUUGCGGCCCUGCAGGCCUCGGGCUACAGGCCUGACCUUUCCUACAACCUGGCUUUGGCCUGUUACAGCAGCAAGCAAUAUGCCUCAGCGCUUAAGCAUAUCGCUGAUAUUAUUGAACACGGGAUCCGCCAGCACCCAGAGCUGGGUGUGGGCAUGACCACUGAGGGCAUUGAUAUUCGCAGUGUUGGCAACACCGUAGUGCUCCACCAGACUGCUCUGGUGGAAGCCUUCAACCUCAAAGCAGCCAUAGAAUACCAACUGAAAAACUACGAGGUAGCCCAAGAAACCCUCACUGACAUGCCACCGAGGGCAGAGGAAGAGUUGGACCCCGUGACCCUACACAACCAGGCACUAAUGAACAUGGAUACCAAGCCGACAGAAGGGUUUGAAAAGCUACAGUUUUUGCUGCAGCAGAAUCCCUUUCCCCCAGAGACUUUUGGCAACCUGUUGCUGCUUUACUGUAAAUAUGAGUAUUUUGACUUGGCAGCAGACGUCCUGGCAGAAAAUGCCCAUUUGACUUACAAGUUCCUCACGCCCUAUCUCUAUGACUUCUUAGAUGCCUUGAUCACUUGCCAGACGGCUCCUGAGGAGGCUUUCAUUAAGCUUGAUGGGCUAGCAGGGAUGCUGACUGAGCAGCUCCGGAGGCUCACCAAACAAGUACAGGAAGCAAGACACAAUAGAGAUGAGGAAGCUGUCAAAAGGGCAGUCAAUGAAUAUGAUGAAACUCUUGAGAAGUAUAUACCUGUGUUGAUGGCCCAGGCAAAAAUCUAUUGGAACCUUGAAAAUUAUUCAAUGGUGGAAAAGAUCUUUCGCAAAUCUGUGGAGUUCUGUAAUGACCAUGAUGUGUGGAAGCUGAACGUGGCACAUGUUCUGUUCAUGCAGGAAAACAAAUACAAAGAAGCCAUCGGUUUCUAUGAGCCCAUAGUCAAGAAGCAUUAUGAUAAUAUCCUGAAUGUCAGUGCUAUUGUAUUAGCUAACCUCUGUGUUUCAUAUAUUAUGACAAGUCAAAAUGAAGAAGCCGAAGAGUUGAUGAGGAAGAUUGAAAAGGAAGAAGAGCAGCUCUCUUAUGAUGACCCAGAUAAGAAAAUCUACCAUCUCUGCAUUGUGAACUUGGUAAUAGGAACUCUUUACUGUGCCAAAGGAAACUAUGACUUUGGUAUUUCUCGAGUUAUCAAAAGCUUGGAGCCUUAUAAUAAAAAACUUGGAACUGAUACUUGGUAUUAUGCCAAAAGGUGUUUCCUGUCCUUAUUAGAAAACAUGUCAAAACACAUGAUAGUGCUUCGUGACACUGUUGUUCAAGAAUGUGUCCAGUUUCUAGAACACUGUGAACUUUAUGGCAAAAACAUACCCGCUGUAAUAGAACAACCACUGGAAGAAGAAAGAAUGCAUAUUGGAAAAAAUACAGUCACAUAUGAGUCCAGACAAUUGAAAGCUUUGAUUUAUGAAAUUAUAGGAUGGAAUACUUAAUGGCUGAUAAUGAUUUUUUAUCAUACUUGCUUUGUUAUCUUUUUUGUUUUGUUUUGUUUUGGCACUUUGUAUUAUCUUUAGCCUUUGGCAUUUUUACACUUGUUGCAUUGGCAUUUGUACACUUGUUGCAUGUGGAAGUUUUCACAGUUUUCAAUUAUAAUUAAAACUAAUAUAACUUUGCUUUAUAACUAUAAAUAUAACUUUUCUCUUGAGGAAACUCAUAAACAAUUAUAAUAAGAAAUUGGGCCCUAGAAGUCUUUAUGAAAAAAUUCAAAACUGAAUGGGCAAGUUACAUUUUAUAGUGUUUAUAAUGCCUAUGUUCCCUUUCCCUUGUUUUUUUUUCCCCCUGUCCCUUGUUAUCAUUUGUACUUUAUUGUUAUGUUGAAAGUAUCCUGUAUGACAAGAUUACAUGAUCCAGGUAGUAGGGACUAUUAAGUCCAGAACUCAGUUAACAUAUAGCUAAUCUGGGCUUUAAUAAUUAUUUCAGAGGUUAUGUGUUCUACUUCAAUAGCCUACUCUCAAAAUUUGUAAUGCAUGAUUUUUCCGUAAUUUUUUUGAUGUUUCAGUCAGUUUUCCAAUACAGACGCAAUGCUUUAACAAAAAUUCCUCACAUUCCAAAUGUUUUAUAAAAGCAUACAAACUCCAGUGGAAAAUCUUGUGCCCUAACAAAAUUAUGGUGUUACGGAGUAGAAACAAUAAACA